AUGGACGACACUUUCACAGACUCUUUGCCAUCGACCCCAUCAUUGGAGGUUCCUGUCCUUACUGUCUCCCCGGCCGACACAUCCCUUGAAUUCGAGGAUGCCGAAAUGGAGAGUAAGUCAGAUGAAAAGAAGCCAGCGAAGAAGAGGAAGUCCUGGGGCCAGGAAUUACCAGUUCCCAAAACGAACUUGCCUCCAAGGAAACGCGCUAAGACGGACGAUGAAAAGGAGCAGCGCCGGAUUGAGCGGGUUCUUCGCAAUCGCGCAGCUGCUCAGACUUCUCGCGAGCGCAAGAGAUUGGAAAUGGAAAAGCUAGAAAAUGAGAAGAUCGACAUGGAACAACAGAACCAAUUCCUCAUCCAGCGACUCGCUCAGAUGGAAGCUGAGAACAACCGUCUAAGCCAGCAAGUUGCACAACUCUCAGCAGAGGUCCGAGGGUCCCGUCACAGCACCCCAAGGGCCGCCUCUCCCGCAUCGGUAUCGCCGACUCUUACUCCUACUUUAUUUAAGCAAGAGGGUGAUGAAAUAGCCCUCGACCGAAUUCCCUUCCCGACACCCUCUGUUACCGACUACUCACCUACCUUGAAACCUUCAUCUCUGGCAGAGUCUUCCGACCUGACACAACAUCCUGCAGCGAUGUUCGUUAAACACGAGCCUAAUGACGCUACAGCUCCUCUUUCUGACGAUGACUUCCACCGCUUAUUCCACGGUGAUUCAUCCACUAAGUCAGAUUCUUCAGUCCUUGAAGAUGGGUUCGCCUUUGACGUUCUCGACUCAGGAGAUCUAUCAGCAUUUUCAUUUGAUUCUAUGGUUGAUUUUGACACCGAGCCUGUCUCCCUCGAAGACAUCGAGCAACCGAACGGCCUUCCGAAUUCGACUUCUUGCAAGACUCCUAGCGUGCAACCCAGCCAUGGCGCGUCCUCUUCGCGAUGCGACGGGCAGGGCAUUGCAGCUGGCGGUGCGUGA